AUGGCCAGACGACAAGACAACAUGAUAUCAUUGGGACCUCUGCCUGGCGCCGAGGUGGUUCGUCUGCUGGUCGGUCCGAGCCAACGAGAAUUUACAGUUCACAAGAAGCUCCUGUGUGCUUCCAGCUCCUUCUUCCGGUAUAGCCUGGAGAAUGUAGACUCGGUCCCAAGUUCACCCGACAGUGAGCUGUCGAUGUCUGCCGGAGCUCAUCAUGACCGGAUUCUUUGGCUUUCAGAGGAGUGUCCUGAGAUGAUGGACCUAUUCAUCCUCUGGCUGUACCGGCGCAACUCAUUCCGAUCUCUGCUGGAGCAGAUGAUAUCGACCGUGGCUGUUCAGAUCACACCAGCUAACAAAGCCAAGAUUCAAGCGAGCAGACGAGCACUUCACUGGAACAUUGUGAAGCUGCACAUGUUCGCUGCCGUCAUUCGGCUAUCCGCCCUCCAGGACAUCACCAUGGACGCCAUACAGGAUAUGUACCUCCGGUGUGACUGGGACGUCUCGAUUCCCUUCGUGCGUCACCUCUACGAGGAGUGCUCUCGCGAGCAAUCUUUCCGCCUCCGAAAGUGGACCGUCGCAAUGCUGGCCUGGACGCUGAGCAACGGCGGCGGGGACCCCCUUUCAUACAACGAGCUGUUCGCCGAGUUUCCAGAAUUGGGGGGCGACUACACCAAGCACAUGGAAAAGAUGGUCGACAGCAGAGCCAACAUCUGUGUGAAGAACCCACAGCUGAGGCUGCCUCGCAACAGGCUCAAGAACGACGAACGCAACUUCGGCUUCCGACAGUGCUCCUUUCACAGCCAUCGAUCCACCGUUGGAGAGGGAAGAUGUCCUUAUGCUGUGGAGCAGCAGUCAGUAAUGAGCCCCGUGACCGAAAAAGGCUUUGAGGUCAUGUCGCCUCAGACUUCGCCAGUUGAAGCAAAAGCCUCAUCGUCCAGGCAUCGUCCUUCACAUAGUCGGCUCAAGAGCCGUGGUUCAGCCAUUUGGACUGUGCCUGAAAGUGCCGACGAGACUUGA